AAAAAGGCAACAGUCUGCCAUGUUAAAUCGUUUAUUAGGGAAGGGCAGCUAUGAAUCAUUUGAUAUGAGAUGCAUGGUAACCGGUCAAUUUUCUGUUGGGAAAACGACUCUUGUGAAGCUGUUAGCUGGGGAUGUCCUACCAGAAGGGCGACAUCCAACUGAUGGGAUUUCUCUGGUAGAAGGUCGCUGUGGCCUCGACAUUCAGUCAAAAGAGUGGAUUCUUGUUGAUCCAGACUCUUAUAAUGCCCUGGAUGUUGUGUACAGUAAGGUUUUAAUGACCUCUCUGGAAGAAGAGGAGGAGAGUGAACUAACCAAAAAGUUCAUCAAAGCUUCAAAUACAAGCCCAACUGGUUAUGCAAAAGCUACACUUUCCUCUUUGUCCUCAGAACAGUCUGCAGCAACAAAAUCUCUACCGUCUACGAAAUCCUCCAACGUGCCUCACACGGUCAAACAGAUGGAAAAGAAAAUGAGAACAAGAAUGACUAAAGAAGAAAUAAGAAAGAAAAUGGAAAAGUUCCUCAAAAGUGGGAAGUAUAAGAUGAACGUCGGACGUCUUAUCUUCUGGGAUUUUGGUGGACAAUAUGUUUUUCUAACAACACAUCAGACCUUCAUGACGUUCCGGGCAUUGUUUCUUGUAGUAUUUGAUGGGAGCAAAGAUUUGCAUGAACAGGUCCCUGAUGUGAUGUGUUUUCCAGGGCAGCACAUGACGCCAACUCCAGCAGUAUUCUUGCAAUAUUGGGUCAAUUCCAUCCUGACCUAUUGUAAGGUUGUAUAUGCAGGCAUACCAAAAAUCUUGUUUGUUGCCACUCACAAGGACAAAGUACCAAUGGAGAAUAUUGAGACCAGACGUGAAGAGCUUUACAGAGGAAUUGAGGAGUUGUUUAAAGACCACGAGGGAAAACAUCAUCUGGUCCUUAGACCUCUAAUAUUUGUCAAUGCCAAAGAUCAAGCCGACCCAGAAAUAGAAGUUCUGAAGAAAACAAUAACAGAACUUACAUUCGACCACCCAUGCUGGGGUGAAAGAAUGCCCAAUGCUUGUGUUCCACUAGAGCUAGAGAUCGCUGAACUAGUGGCAGAAGGAAAACAAAUAAUGUCAUUGGCUGAAGUUAAAGAAUUAAAUGCUAUCAGCGAGGUGUCUGUCCUGUCCCCUGAGCAGUUGACUGAUUUCCUACAUUUUCAUCAUUCCCUGGGGAAGAUUGUUUAUUUCGAUACCCCCCAGCUGAGAGAUAAUGUAAUCAUCAACCCUCUUCUUAUGGUGGAAGUUAUGAGAUCUUUUAUCACAGAUGUUGCAUUUUGGCCUAAAGAAAAGAAAACAAGGAAAACCUUCACAAAAAUGUCUGAAAAUGGAAUGAUACAAAAAGAAGACCUCUACCAGAUUUGGGAACAAGAAGAAUUCCGUCAGAUUUUACCAUUUAAAGAGUACAUAUUUGAUAUGCUGAUUCAUCUAGAUAUCGUAUCUGAACAACGGAGAUAUGAUACAAAAACAGGAAGUCGUCUACCAAUAGAAAACUUCUUUGUACCCUGUAUGCUUACAGACAGAAAUAAUACAGAUUACUUGACACAAGAAUGUACACCAGAGAGGACUGUAAGUUUGGCCUUUGUUUUCAGAGGAACCAUCAUACCUCCAGCCUUACCAAACCGUCUAAUAUGUGCAUGUCUGAGUAUGUGGACAUUAAAAGAAUACCAAGGACGGAAACUUAUAUUUUCUGGGUUUGUUGGGUUAUCAUUUGAUAAAGAGCAUGAUAUUGUUGUCUGUGUAGAAGGAAAUCAGAUCUUACUGUAUCUAGUCCACAAGCGCUCCAAGGGGCUGAUAAUACCUGAUAUAGCCACCAGUGUCCGGGAUUGUUUGUUUGUUACUUUAGAAAGAAUCUCCGAAUUUUAUCAGUCCUCUAUUCAUUGUAAAGCCAGCAGCAAGUUGCCCUUCCUCACCGAGUACUCCUGCUCGAAAUUUAACUGUUUCACUUCAGAAAAGAAGUUGGUCUCCGAGACUGAGGAAUGUCUUUGUAAACACGGAGAAAACAUAAAAAAUAACUGGCGUAUUUGGAAUAAGAAAAAGGAACACAAGCAGUGUGAUGCUAAUUGUCCAGGUUUGAGUGAAGAUGCUUUAUCUCAGAUCCCAAGUAACACAGAGUUGCUUCGUCUGUCUGUUAAUUGUGAGACACGCAUGCUACACGAUUUGGCUCUCCAUCUUGGAAUGGAAGAAAUGGUAUGGAGUGAUAUGGUAGAAAAUUACCCAACAAAUACACAGAUGGUAAAGUUUUUGACACUGAUGCAUUUGAAAGAGAAUGAAAUAACAUUCACAGAAUUGGACAAUGGAUUGAGAGAAAUGGAAAUAACAGCACAUACAUUAUGUGUGGUACGUCAGAGAAAACAAGUGAAAUCUAGUAUUUCUGAUGAUAUUCUAGACUGUAUUCCAUCAGAUGAAAUUGUAGACAGAUUAGCACCGCUGAUUGGCAAGAUAGUUUUUCAACUAGGAAUAGAACUUGGACUGUCUGUAGAAGAAAUAGAGAGUAUCAAAGAGAUAUGUGAUCGUGAUUUGACAGCACAGAAUAAGGGAGUCUUGUUUACAUGGAGGAAAGACAGAACAGUGAAACCUACAAUACGGGUUCUUGAGCAAGCUUUUGUAAAUAUUGGUAAAGGGGCAAGGUGUUUAAAGGAGGUUGUAAAGGAUGUUGAUCCAAAUACACUUAAAGCAGUAGAAAUUGUAACAGAUAAAAUCAGGGAAAACGAAAACAGCAUCAUACAAGAUAUACAAAUCAGUCAGAUUUUAGACCAUAUGAUGACACAUCUGGUGAUAUCAGCAGACGACAGACGUUAUAUUGAACAUUAUCCUCGACAGGAUGAUCAGAACAAAGCAUUGCUGGAUAUUGUGAUCAAAAGGAGGGAACCUGUUUACAGUGUGUUUGUUGAUGGAUUACGUAUUUAUGGAUACGAAGAUAUCGCUAAUGAUUUGAAAUGUGAUUUCAGUCCAAGUCCAGUAUCUGCUGAAACUAAAGGCUUAUCAGUUUUUAAUGUUCCAUUAUAUAAAGUUCGUCUACAAAAGAACUACCUCAAGGUCAUCACUGAUAUACAACACGAAAACAUAGUCGAUCAUCUAAUAACAAGAGAGGUGGUGUCAGUUGAUGAUGGGAAGAAGAUAGAAUCUGGUAAAACACCACAGGAAAAGAACAGGAAUUUAAUGGACAUGCUGUUGCGUAAAAAUGAACAGGGAUUUAAUGAAUUUCUCAAAGCCCUACGAAAAGACUCAAUUUAUGCAGAUUUAGCAGAUCAAAUAGAGAAGACAGAAGUUACUAGCACAGAUAUGGCAACUCUUCAUAAAUGCUUCAAAUAAAAUAAAAGUAAUUUCUUUCAGAAAAAACAGCUAGAAAAACCAUCAGUUAACAAUUAAUAGAAGGAAGUAUUGUCAAUCCAAGGCAUUACGAUUUGGUCACUUCAAUAAUCCACUGUAAAUUCAAAAAUUAUUGCGUGCAUUUAUUAUUGCCUUUUUUUUAAAUGGGACAAAAAAGCGAUAGUAAUUAUUACAAUGUCAAAAGAAUCUUUAUACUAAUAUAGGUAUCAGUGUAAGAAUUUGAGUUCUUAUUAAUGUGAUACUCACUCAGUCGCAUUUUUCGCAUUAAUAAAAACCUCAAAAUAAUUUCUGAAUUUACAAUAUGUGAAUGAAUCACAAUGUAAUAGUGAUAACAAUCUUUUAUCUUAAACAUAUUUCAUGUGUGAGUGUCAUGCAUGGCAAGGAAAAAGCUAAAAUAUGUACUAACCCCUUUUAUGAGAGUUGAUUCCUACAAUCCCAAUAUCCAUUUGACGUGGCUCAGUAGUUAUACAGCCUGUCAUUUUGUUAUUGUGCUAUGGUAAAUUUUUGUAUUCUCGCUUUCGUUUUUGCCAAUAUGAUUCCUCUAUAUGCCUUUUUGAUUUUUAGCUCACCUGUCCCGAAGGGACAAGUGAGCUUAUGCCAUCACUUGGCGUCCGUCGUCAUCCGUCGUCUGUCGUCUGUCGUCCGUCGUCUGUCGUAGUAAACUAUUUCAAGAAUCUUCUCCUCUGAAACUACUGGGCUAAAUACUUUCAAACUUUAACUGAAUGUUCCUUAGGGUAUCUAAUUUAUAAAUUGUAUCCGAAGAUUUGAUCUAUCAACAAACAUGGUCGCCAUUGCUAAAAAUAGAACAUAGGGGUCAAAUGCAGUUUUUGGUUUAUAACUCAAUAACCAAAGCAUUUAGAGCAAAUCUGACAUGGGGUUAUAAUGUUUAUCAGGUCAAGAUCUACAAUGUAUCUGCCCUGAAAUUUUCAGAUGAAUCAGACAACCUGUUGUUGGGUUGCUGCCCCUGAAUUGAUAAUUUUAAGGAAAUUUUGCUGUUUUUGGUUAUUAUCUUGAAUAUUAUUAUAGAUAGAGAUAAACUGUAAACAGCAAUAAUGUUCAGCAAAGUAAGAUUUACAAAUAAGUCAAAUUACGGAAAUGGUCAGUUGACCCCUUUAGGAGUUAUUGCCCUUUAUAGUCAAUUUUUAACCAUUUUUCGUAAAUCUUAAAAAUCUUUUACAAAAUUCUUCUCCUCUGAAACUACUGGGUCAAAUACUUAUAAACUUUAACUGAAUGUUCCUUAGGAUAUCUGGUUUGUAAAUUGUAUCCGAAGUUAUGAUCUAUCAACAAACAUGGUCGCCAUUGCUAAAAAUAGAACAUAGGGGUCAAAUGCAGUUUUUGGCUUAUAACUCAAAAACCAAAGCAUUUAGAGCAAAUCUGACCUGGGGUUAUAAUGUUUAUCAGGUCAAGAUCUACAAUGUAUCUGCCCUGAAAUUUUCAGAUGAAUCAGACAACCUGUUGUUGGGUUGCUGCCCCUGAAUUGAUAAUUUUAAGGAAAUUUUGCUGUUUUUUGUUUAUUAUCUUUAAUAUAAUUAUAGAUAGAAAUAAACUGUAAACAGCAAUGAUGUUCAGCAAAGUAAGAUCUUCAAUUAAGUCAAUUUGACCAAAAUUGUCAAUUGACCCCUUUAGGAGUUAUUGCCCUUUAAGGACUUUUUUCACAAUUUGUUCAUCAUGUUGACUUACUUUAAAAAAUCUUCUCUUUUGAAACUGCUGUAUCAAUUUCAGCCAAACUUAGGCUAAAUGAGUUUCAGAGUAUUUAGUAUAAAUUUUAUAUUUUAUUUCCUUGUAUGUCAAGAAACAUAGCUACUAUGGCUAAAAUAGAACAUAGGAGAAAAUGAUUAUUUUUUUUGGCUUUUGAAGAAAAUAGGACGAUCCAAAAAACAUUUAAAUAAAUUGAAAAGCCAAAAUAAUCAUUGAUGAGAGAUUUAACCACAAGAAUUAAGGUGAGCGAUUCAGGCUCUUGAGAGCCUCUUGUUUUAUAAUGAUUUAGACUAUAACACAAUGUUUACUGCUGUAUCCUUAUUUUUGACAAUUUUACCUAUUAUGUCUAUUUACUUUGUUCACACACUGGCGUCAAUUUAAUGGAAUUCAAUGCGACUUUUAUACAAGUGAGAGGUUUAACUAGCUAGAAACCAGGUUCAGUAUACCAUUUUCGACAUAAGCAAAUGUUUGUACAAAAAUAGGAAUUUAAAAGUUGUUAUCUAUUCAUGUAGCGUGUUUGAGCACAUACGUCUAGAUGAACAAACCUUUGUGUUUUUGAUAAUACAUAAUUUUGUAAACAGAUAAUUUGCACACGUGAUAUGUCAUAUCUACUGCGCAGGUUAUACCCGUUAGAACGUAACAACCGCCAGUAGUUGCAUCAACCCGUUGAUUGUAAAAACUCGUAAAGUAUACUUAAUUUGUUAUGCUGGUGGGUAAACCAGCUGUGUUUAGAAAUCAAUUAAAUUUAAACUUAUCAUCAUUUGUAAAGUUACUUUUUUUUUGUAUAGUUAUAUAAUACCAUUUACAUGUUGGACAGAGAUCAACUGAUGAACUGCUAGAUUGAAAUUGUUUGUAAAUAAAUGGCUAUUAUUAUGUCUUUCUUUCUGUAAUGUGUAUACAAGUAUCAGUCUAUAUUUGUAAUUCCCCAUUUACAAAGGUUGCAUUUCUGUAAAUAUAAACAGUGCAAUUUAUCAGUAAACAGGACAGUGUAAUUUCUCAGUAAGCAGGACAGUGUGAUUUCUCAGUAAACAGGACAGUGUAAUUUCUCAUUAAACAGGACAGUGUGAUUUCUCAGUAAACAGGACAGUGUGAUUUCUCAGUAAACAGGACAGUGUGAUUUCUCAGUAAA